AUGCUUCACUCGCGGCGGGAUCCUCCACGCCUCGUCGAUGUACAGGACAUGGUGCGCCUGAGUGGCAAGAGCGUGCUUUACUUGCCUUCCGAGUACGCGCCCUGCUCGCUGGUGCUGCCCACGUGUAUCCGGGCCACAGCACAGCAUCUGGCACACAAUGCUACCACGCGGGGCCUGUUCAGAAUCCCUGGAUCGGUGCGGAUCGUGACGGCACUGUUUGACCACUACUGCUACCUCGCCAAGGACAGCGACGACAUCGCAAGCACGGUCCGCUGCGCCACCCUUCCGGGCCAUAUUCCGUACGCGAUCCAUGACGUCGCCUCGACGUUUAAGCGUCUCCUCUCGGUUCUCCCAGGGGGGAUCCUCGGCUCCCUGGCUCUCCUUGACGCCCUCGUCGCCAUUCACUCCCAGCUCAACGGUGAGCCCGAGUUCCCACGGACCAAGCAGACCAAGGUCCGGGCGAGGCUCAUCGCUCUGGCCAUUGGCACUGUCAAGUCCCAAUUUCGCCGCGAGCUCAUCUACGCCGUGUUUGGACUCCUCAGCCUGAUCGGGCGGGCGGCCGAGGUGACGCCUCGUGAGGACAACGACGGGCGCCCACUUCCGACGGGCGACUUGAUGGGAUAUACCGCACUUGGUAUCGUGUUUGGUCCACUUCUCGUGGGGGAUCUGCUGGAUCAGUACAACAUGAAGCUGGCCACUCCGACAUCGGGCAUGCUCCUCUUCCCCCUCAACCCAGAGGGCCUUCGUCGUGACCGGCGCAUGAGCAAAGCUGCCAGCGGCCGGACUGGACCACCCACGGUGGACAAGAUUUUGGUGGCCAAUAGCCUCGCGGAGAUGCUCAUCUCCAACUGGCGCGACAUUGUGCGCCAGAUGAAGUCGCUGGGGCUCCACCACCGAAAGGACGCUUCGUCUGUGAACCUGCGCAAUCGCCUACUUCGUCCUUCUGCCUCGCACUUUGCCAUCAAGAUGCCCCAGGACAUGAACGAAGCCAAGCCGGAACCUAACGUGGAGCAGAGGAAUGGCAGCCCGGACCCAGAUACUCCGACAAUGGGCGUGAGAAGGCGACGGUCGAAGUCGUUGAAGAGCACGACGUCUUACAAGCUGCUGCCCAAGAUGAGCAUGGGCACUUUGACGCCGACCAGGGAGGAGAGCCUGGGCGACGUCGAGUCGACAAGGAGUGGGCGCCGAUCAAGACGGAGUGCGGAUCGGUCUAUCGAGCCCGCGGAGCCGAUUUCGCAAAAGGAGUUGUUGCUGCCACCCGAUGGUAUUAAGACGUUUGCGCCACUCAAGACGGAUCGCUUAUCGGUCACUCGAAGCGACGUGUCGACUUCAACGGACAGACCUGAGAUGCAGGAGAAGCGUAUGCAACCAAAUGGAGGUCCCGCUCAGGAUGCCGAUCAGGUAUACCUUGACAGUGUCCCACCGCGGAUGUCUUCGCGAACAAAACGCAGCCACGACAAUUCGGAAAUGUCGCAGACGUUUCUGUCCCAGGCUGCGGCGGAGAUAGCUGAAAGUGCGCAUAAGGCUCGAGCCAACGGCAUCGGAAACACACCUGCAAGGCUGAAGAAGGAGAGGAUCUCGAACCAAGCAAGCUCGUACGAUGGGUCGGAAGACUCGCAUGCGACUCUGCCGUCAUCUCACAGGACUUUAGGCGUCGCGUCAUCCCGAAAAUUGAACCCCAGAUUCGGGCCGCUGGCGAACCACGACGCCCACGAGGAAGAUGAUGUCCGGAAUGGCCAGAGAGACAAUACAUCGAGACAAACGACUGAUGGAUACGACAACUCUGUGGACACAACGCCAGAGAAUUUCUACCGUGAAAGUCGCAGGGGCCGCGGCGUUCAAGGCAGCGAAGACAAUGGCUCAGCUCUGACGAGCAAGGUCCCUUAG